AUGUCGGAUCGAGAAAUCCUUAAAAACCCAUGCUACAUUAAUGACCAGAUUAUAGAAUUCUACUUUCGGUACUUGACAUUCACAUAUGACGAACAAGACAUCCUCUUUGUAUCCCCUGCAGUCUCAUUCUUACUCGCUAAUUCUGAUUUUGCGGGUAUUAAACACACUGCAGAAUCCCUCAAACUCGUCGAUAAAAAACUUAUUUUCUUCACCAUCAACAACACCAUCAAUAACGAAGAUUUUUCGACAGACACGGAAGAAUGUACACAUUGGAGUCUACUAGUCUAUUACAAGACCCUUGAUGUGUUUGUGCACCAUGACAGUGUUAAUGGACUAAACCACUCGGACGCCAAAAAGCUUUAUAAUACGGUCAAGGAUUUUGUAGGGGAUGAUGAUGACGACGACAAGCGGCCUACAAAGAUUCGGAAGAACGGAAUAGGCAACAAAAAGGUGGAUGAUGAUGAAGAGGCGGUAUAUAUAGAGUUUUAUACUCCACAACAAAGCAAUGUGUAUGAUUGUGGUCUUUAUGUCAUGAAAAUUGCUGCCGUUAUAUGUGAAUGGUACUUGUCUAGGAAAGCCAGUGAUGACAAAUAUUGUCUUUGGUAUCAAGUUGUUCGAAACCAAGUCCUCCGGUGCUAUGUUGAGAACCAAAUGCGAUCUGAUUUACUCGAAUUUGUGGAUUUGCUCAAGGAUAAUCACUCCGGCAUUACUUGA